AUGACAGUCACUGAAGGAUGCAUUAUCCUGGUACUCCUUGCGGUACUCUACAUCAUCGGAAAUGUUGUUUACGAGUUGUUCAUCAACCCGCUAGCCUCAGUUCCUGGUCCCAAGCUAUAUGCAGUUUCGCAAUUCCCCUUUCUAUACCAAUCGUACAUUGGCAUUUGGCCUUUUACUUUAAAGGAGCUCCAUGAUAAGUAUGGGCCCGUAGUCCGGAUAUCACCUAUGGACGUCUCAUUGAUUGCCCCCGACGUGUGGAAAGAGCUCUACACACCGAGGAGUCGUGUGGGUGAAUUCAAACGAGACAAUACGUUUCGUGUUUUGGACAAAGACGGUUCAGGCAUUGCAGAUGAGGAUAUUAUGGAACACACCCGGCAUCGUCGUAUGCUUUCCCACGCAUUUUCGGAGAAAGCUUUGCGUGGCCAGGAAGGAAUUAUGCAGAGCCUUGUGGACAUGCUAAUCUCUGGACUCAAAUCGCAUAUCAAAGAACAUGGCUCUGAGCCAGUUAACAUGACCAAAAAAUAUAACUGGGCCACUUUUGACGUCAUCGGAGACCUGGCCUUUGGUCAGCCAUUCGGGUGUUUAGAGGCGGAUAGCCCCCACUACGUGAUAAGCAUGGUUAACGAUCUAUUUUAUCAUAUGAUUCGGACACAACCCUUUAAACGCUUCCCGCUACUCAGACCGUUUCAAAGCUUGAUUGCAUCUCCAUCAAACGCUAUAACUACCGUUCAAAAAUUUGAAAAGUUUGCGUUUGAAACAAUAAAGAAAAGGAUUGAAAAUGGAGAUGCCGGAAGGAAAGAUUUUAUAUCAUACAUGCUGCCUCACAACAGUACAGGGGAAUUCACCGAAGCUGAACUGACAUCUAAUGCUGCAGCUCUAAUGAUUGCUGGGAGUGAAACCACGGCAACCACCCUCACCGGUGGAACUUAUUUCCUGCUCAAAAACCCUCCGGUUUAUCAACGUUUAGUCCAAGAGAUCCGAUCGAGCUUCAAAGAAGAAAAGGAUAUUACGAUAAGCGAAUUGGAUAAUCUCCCAUAUUUGGCCGCUGUCUUGACGGAAACACUACGCAUAUUCCCUCCAGUACCUGGCAUAAUGUCCCGUGUUAUUCCUAAAGGGGGUAAACAUCUAUGUGGCUAUUGGCUUCCAGGGAAGACUGUCGUUUCCGUUUCUCAGCUGUCGGCAUAUCAUUCAGAACGCUACUUUUCUCGCCCGGAGGAAUUCAUCCCCGCACGGUGGAUGGGGGAUCCACAGUUCAGCAAGGAUUCAAAAGAUGUAUUUCAACCAUUUUCAGUUGGGCCACGGAAUUGUAUUGGCCAGAAUAUGGCAAGAGCUGAAAUGCGACUAAUCAUGGCUAAAAUUCUCUGGAAUUUUGAUCUAGAACUCUCACCCGAGAGCGAUAACUGGAAUGAGAAGCUGAUAAUUUAUGGGCUGUGGAGGAAGGAUCCUCUCAUGGUGAAACUCAAACCUGUUAAGAGGUUAACCCACUGA